CGGCAGCAGGAAGGCGUCAGCUCUGCCCUCUUCACUCCCCGCAGAGCGCCGAGAAGAACGAGGUAUUACCUCAACUGUCAAGAUGGAGCUUGACAUCCAGUGUGAAGAGAUGAGCCCAUCUAGAUGGGUGGAGCUUCUUUCCACCAUGAAAUCCUGCAAAAGCAUCAGGCUGGAUGACUGCAACCUCUCCAGCAGUAACUGUAAGGAUCUCUCCUCCAUCAUCAAUACGAAUCCAUCCCUCACAGAGCUGAAGCUGAACAACAAUGAACUUGGUGAUGCAGGCAUUGAAUACCUGUGUAAAGGGUUGCUGAUGCCAAGCUGUAGCCUGCAGAAGUUAUGGCUGCAGAACUGCAACCUGACGAGUGCCAGCUGUGAGACUCUGCGCUCAGUCCUCAGCGCGCAGCCUUCCCUGACAGAGCUGCACGUGGGUGAUAACAAACUGGGAACUGCUGGAGUCAAGGUGCUGUGUCAAGGGAUCAUGAACCCCAACUGUAAACUACAGAAGCUGCAGCUGGAGUAUUGUGAACUCACAGCCGACAUUGUAGGAGCUCUCAACGCCGCUCUGCAGUGCAAGCCCACCCUGAAAGAGCUCAGCCUGAGUAACAACACGCUGGGAGAUAUGGCUGUAAAGCAGCUGUGCCGGGGACUGGUGGAAGCAAGCUGCAACCUAGAGCUACUACACCUGGAGAACUGUGGCAUCACCAGUGAUAGCUGUCAGGAGAUCAGUGCUGUUCUCAGUAACAAGCCCUCCCUGGUAGAUCUCUCCGUGGGGGACAACAAGAUCGGGGACUCUGGUCUGGCUCUGCUGUGCCAAGGACUGAUGCACCCUAACUGCAAAAUCCAGAAGCUAUGGUUAUGGGACUGUGAUCUCACAAGUGCUAGCUGUAAAGAUGUCUCCAGGCUCAUCAGUACAAAAGAGACCCUCACAGAGAUCAGUCUGAUAGACAAUAACCUGAGAGACUCGGGGAUGGAAAUGCUGUGCCAGGCACUGAAGGAUCCUAAAUCCAGACUCCAGGAGCUAUGGAUUAGGGAGUGCGGGCUCACUACUGCUUGCUGCAAGGCCAUCAGCUCUGCUCUCAGUGUAAACAAGCACUUGAAAGUACUGCACAUGGGUGAGAACAAGCUGGGAGAUGCGGGUGUUGAACUCCUGUGUGAAGGGCUCCUGCACCCCAACUGUAACAUCCAGUCCCUGUGGCUGGGGAACUGCGAUCUCACAGCAGCCUGCUGCUCAACCCUUGCCACCCUUGUGGCCACCAAGCAGUGCCUUACCGAGCUGGACCUGAGCUACAACUCCCUGGAAGAUGAAGGUAUCAGGAAGAUCUGUGAAGCAUUGAGGAAUCCCAACUGCAACAUGCAGCAGUUAAUUUUGUAUGACAUUUUCUGGAGUUCUGAGGUGGAUGAUGAACUGAGAGCCCUGGAAGAGUCCAAGCCUGAAAUGAAGAUCAUUUCAUGAGGGGUGGCUGCCUGCAGAGCAACGUCAAAGCAACAUCCUCUUCUUAAUCUGAACUUUUUCAUAUGUAAAGCUAAUUAAUUUAAUAGAGAGUUUGCUUGUACCAAAAAUGUUUGUGGAUUCCCUGAGCAGGUGUCUGGGGAGCUGGUCCAUCUGUGUGUCUCCGGAUGUCCAAAUGCCGAGGCCCAUGAAGGUGUUGUACAUUUUCACUGCAGCAUUACGAUCCGUGAAGUAAACUAUUACUGGGCAUCUUCUAGAUUUGGGUCUCGACCUUUUAGGAGCUCUGUAAUACUAUAAUCUCUUCUAAUGCAUUAGUGAGGCUUUCAAGAGAGCUCCUCUCCAAAGGCAGGAGGAGAACUGCCUGCUGUAUUACCAGGUGGUGAUUUUGCCAGUUCUCUGGGGAAGGCUCUUCAAAAAAAUCUGAUGUUUUUUAGUCUUAAGGUGAAGCUCUCCCCUGCCUUUCCCUAGAAGAGGGCUUGGAAAAGUAGUGAUGGCCAAGGCACUAGAGAAGGAAGAAAUGAGCAGCUCAUCAGCUGCCUAACUUCAAAACUGGUGUCCCUUGAAAAGUGAUUUUGCUACGAUCAGAAGAGGCUGUGUGCAUUUCUCCUAGUACAGGAAAAGAUGAAAUGGUUUGAUAUGUUUGCUCUGGCAAGAGUGGUUCUACAGGAACUUUAUUAAAAUCUAUUUGCAAGUAAUUAAAUGCUUCAUCUUUCUACUUAUAAAAAGAAAA